GCCCGCCCGCCCGCGGCUUUGCUUUGCCCGGGCCUCGCUAGCUCCGCCUGUCGCGUGCUCCUGCCUCCCACUCGGAAUGCCUGUCUGGGGCGGUGGAAAUAAGUGCGGGGUCUGUGCGAGGACCGUGUACCACGCCGAGGAGGUGCAGUGUGAUGGGCGGAGCCUUCACCGCUGUUGCUUCCUGUGUAUGGUUUGCAGGAAAAAUUUAGAUAGCACAACAGUGGCAAUUCAUGAUGAAGAGAUCUACUGCAAAUCCUGCUAUGGAAAGAAGUAUGGACCAAAAGGCUAUGGUUAUGGCCAGGGCGCUGGCACACUCAACAUGGACCGUGGCGAGCGGCUGGGCAUCAAGCCAGAGAGUGCUCAGCCUCACAGACCUACAACAAAUCCAAACACUUCGAAAUUUGCCCAGAAAUAUGGAGGUGCUGAGAAGUGUCCCAGGUGUGGGGACUCUGUCUAUGCUGCUGAGAAGAUAAUUGGAGCUGGAAAGCCCUGGCACAAAAACUGCUUCCGAUGUGCCAAGUGUGGGAAGAGUCUUGAAUCUACAACUCUGACUGAGAAAGAAGGUGAAAUCUAUUGUAAAGGGUGCUACGCAAAGAACUUUGGGCCCAAAGGAUUUGGCUAUGGUCAAGGAGCAGGGGCCCUUGUUCAUGCUCAGUGAUGGUGUAAACCCAGAACGAAGCACAGCACACAGAACCGUCACUACCAAAGCACAGAUGACCUUAGGGCACUCACUGCUGUGAAACUCGACCAGCAUCCGGCACUGUGCCUCACUCCUCUACAUAGCUGCGCAUGCGGGCUGGACAAGACAGAACUCCGCUUGCUCGCUUUUCACUAGCAUUUAAGAGCGUUUCUUUUACAUUGGGAAUAAAGUUAUGGCUUGCUUUGGA